UUGUCAGUUGCCUGCUGUCGAAUGGCGAAAGACAGAAAAGGAAGGGAAAAACUAUUGUCUUUGAUCAUAAACAACAAAUCGACAACAAAGUUCGACGCCUCGUUCCGAAAAAAAUCGUGAAAAACGGUAUUUAGUGUGUGAUUUACUAGCUAAGUGGUAGCCUAGAACCUGUAUCAACCCGUGCACCAUCGUUACCGUGCAAUAGUUGUACAGGAAACGUAUGAUAUUUGCCGAACGGGAGCACUUUUCGCCGACCCGUGCUAUACUUGAUGUGAACUUGAUAAAAAUAGAGUGCAAUUCAUUGACCACCCAGAAUCGGAACAGUACGCGCAGAAUGAGCUUAUAAGUGUUAGCAGCCAAGCCUCGGAAUUCAGCGUGUGCCUUAAAUGUAACGUGCAGCGAGCUACGCGACUCCACACUCCGUAACACGAAUGGUGGGUAACAGCUCCUUCAUCAGCAACGCCAUUAGCACCUCCGUUGCACCCAAUGGUAAUACCAGCAGUGGCAACAGUAGCAGCAACAGUAACAUCACCGGUUCCAGUACCAUCGUUCGCAACGGAAUUAGCUUCGGAAGCAAAAGCAUACUAGAUGUAAAUUUGAAGACUAGCAACAAUGCGGUGAACGUUGUGAAGGGAGUCUAUCUACGGCAACAGCAUUAUCCUCUGAAUCAGCAGCAGCAGCCUAGCACUUCUGGUGUGGUAACCUCUGCCGUGGGCAGCACUAGCGCCGUGAGUUCGGAUUCCGGCCACCACCAGUCCAUCGUAGGCGGAAUGAUCAAUCACAAUUCUUUGAUGUUUGCAACGACGACGACGACCACCAAUCACCAGCAGCAGCUGUCGGUCAUAUCGAACACAUCCCCAGUAGGUGGCGGAGGAGUAGCAGAAAAGAAGCCAGCUGCUCUCAACACAACCAGAAUCGAUAGCGACGGUACAAUACUGACAGCAACCGAAACCAGCAGCGGCAGCAGCAUCGUGGCCAGUAAUACCAUCAUCUCCACAUCCGCCACCAGUGCUGCCAGUGCGACCUCCACGGACACUCCCACCGAUUCGGAUGUGACGGGCGCUACGGAGCUGUCGCUGGAAACCAAAGAACCGAACCCAGACACCGAGCCACAGGAGGAACAACCGGAGAUCGACAUCGUGAUCAACAACGUUGUCUGCUCUUUCAGCGUACGCUGUCAUCUGAAUCUUCAUGACAUCGCCCGCCAAGGGAACAACGUGGAGUUCCGAAGAGAGAAUGGAAUGGUAACAAUGAAGCUGCGCCGCCCGUACACGACCGCCUCGAUUUGGUCGUCCGGAAAAAUAACGUGCACCGGUGCUACAUCAGAGCAUCAGGCAAAAAUAGCGGCACGACGCUACUCCCGCUGCCUUCAGAAGUUAGGUUUUAAUGUUAGAUUUAGGAACUUUCGUAUCGUGAACGUACUCGGCACUUGCAGCAUGCCGUUCGGCAUCAUGAUUGUCAACUUCUCGGAGAAGUACAAAAAGGAUGCCAGCUACGAGCCGGAGCUACAUCCAGGCGUUACCUUCAAGCUGCAGACGCCGAAAGCGACCCUGAAAAUAUUCUCAACGGGAAGCAUUACCGUCACCGCGGCAAGCGUGGCCUUUGUACAAGCGGCAAUCGAACAAAUAUUUCCGCUCGUGUACGAAUUUCGUAAAAAACGAACCCCGGUGGAGAAGCAGGCAAUGGUGAAACAAGCGCCACCGGACUUUGAUCCGCAUGACGUCGAUCAUCUGAUAGAGGAGGACCGUGAAGGUGCACUGGCGGAAGCGGAAGGUCUCACGUAUUGGAAUGGCACGUCCGGCGAUCCGCUGCAGCCUGAUGAGCAGCCAGAGGACGAUGAACUCGAGACGUUCGGUGACGAUGAAGACGUCCGUACUCGUAACAACACCAAAGCAAUACACAAAAUCAAUAGUAUUAGGCAAAACGGUAAGAAGCGCCGCCUGUACCAGCAGCGCCCAUCCGGCCGGGUUGUGAACGAUGGCGACAACAUGUCCGACGAUGAUCUGUGCGUCAGUGACUACGAAUAGAACGGAUAGUUUUGCAAGAGCGCGAAAGAACGACAACAUUUACCAACUAAUCGUGAUUGCUCACGCUCAUUCGACUACCCCUCAGCCCCAAUAUAGUGCCCCCCGACCGGCGCAGAUUGCUGCGACCUCUUACCGUUGGUAGACUCCUUCGUAGACUCCUUUGUCAUUUUUGUGGCCGGACAAAUUUUGCAGCUAGGCCGAUUGAUGUAAACGAUUGAAAAGAUAAUUGUGUGUUGGAGAACCGAAGGAUCAGCGAGCCGUUACUAAUCAACCAGCAGGAUCCUGCAAAACAUAACAUAAUGAAAGGAAAGCGCUGCUGAAUGGAAACAAAGCAGAGACAAUACACCAGACAGAUGAAUGCACUGAAACCCCCGGGUACUGUCCUCCACGAGGACAUCAAAGCUGAACAAAAGAGGACAGACACAGCACAGUGGAUGAGAGCAGCAAGAUCAACAAGUAUACAGUAAUUUAAUUAGGUCGUCAAGUGUGAAACGCACUAUUUCGCUUGUUUCUGGUUCAACUAGCUUUCUAUUUUAUAUUUACUUUUUUAUUUGGCUUUAUAUCCUUUGUCGGAGUUUUGGCCUGACUUGAAUUACCUACAACCGAAUGGUCAGCAAAGGUGUGUUCUGCAUAUGCGAGACACGGUACAGUCGAUAUUUGAAUCCAAACAGGACGAAUGGUUAAGUUAUGCAUUACUGAUUCUGAUCCCGUUUGAUCGGUACGCGGCUUUUUUUUACCAAGGCAUGUUACACACACACAUAUACAAAAUAUAUUGUACUUCGUUCUGAAGAUCCGGAUACAAAACCGGUGCAAAAUGGUGUCCUGAUUUCGAUUCUGUCAGGAAAUCUGGACGGAGCAGGUCUUGUUUCAUCGCGCAUCCGUUACAACCCAACUAUUGAACGUCGGUUGUUGUGCUGACAAGAAAAGUAUGAUUAACCAACCUAAAUGUUGGGCACAGAAACACAAAGAAAGGACAAGAUCGUGAAAAAUUCUUUACUGGGACAUUUUCGUCUCGACAAAGGUUUGCUCCACGUAUACACAUCCUUCACUCGAAUUAUGACAAUGUGAUGAAAAUAAACACGAAAACAAUCGCCAACGUUUAACAAACACACAGUGGCUCUCCAGGGAAAUGGGAGGAAUUGAAGGACACCCAGCGCAUCCAUCGCAAUUUGGGUCGAUUGGCCCUGGUUCGAAAGAGCGUUGCGUGCAUAUGUUUGGAGAUAAAUAAAGCAAGUCCUUGUGUUUUUAAACCAGAAUCCGAACUAACUCAGACGAUUGUUUUGCGCGCGCGAGUGCAUACUUGACGGCCUGGUAAAACACACACACAGCACACGUGUCCGUGGUGUAGGUGGUCAGCAGAAAGUAGAAUAUAAGGAAAGAAGCUACACACGGUGUGAACAGAGAAGCCCUGUAUCAAUGUCCAUUGUUUAGGUGCCCCGAAACGGUGUUUGAAUAGCGCUAUAAUUCGGUAUGUUGUUUCCACGAAUCAUUUAUUUAAAUAAGCAUUGGUUUAAGCAUAAUAAAAAAAAACCCAUCGGGAAAUGUAAUAAAUAACUGCCAUUACAGUAACGAUGGUCAAAAGCGCAA